AUGGUUCGCGGAAAUCGCGCUAAGGGAGGCGUCUCCAUUGUGCCUGAAGCUGUAAUAACUGUUUCUGCUUCCUCGAGCGAACGUAGUAUUCCUCUUCCAAGCGACGAUGGUUCCUCUGACGAAGUUCGUGACUGUUUCUCGCAAGAACAGUUCAAUGGAUUUGUCCCAGACCCCGAGGACGAUCUUAUAGCGAAACUCAGCAAGCUUUCGAUCCACCAAGGUUGGUCCAAGAACGAAGCGAAGUGUCGUCGCGCGGAGGUUGUUGAGUUCGAGGUGUCUCGACACUACGGCCUUGACAAGUCGAAGCUGGAAAAUUGGCAGGAGCUGUGUCGUGAUGCUCUUUCACACGUCUACGUCAACAUCUUCAACAUUCUGGACCAUCGAAACAAUCCCGAGCGCUACGAUGUCAUUGUCUUCAAGAACUACAAGCUCUCCGGUGCAUACACGCUGAAGAGCCGCAUCUUUCCUCUGGACCUGGCCAAGGACGGGUUUGUCAAGGCUCUGCUUCGCCCGCUCUAUAUGAAGAAGAAGUAA